AUGCCAGACCAAGCAUCCAUAAAUCGAUCGCUCAAUACCAUUCGAACUGAGCUCGAAUACUUGCAACAAAGUGGUGCGGUUGCUCCAGCUCAAUUUCAGUCAAUUAUGGCACAACUUCCGCAAGGGAAUGGUCAACCAUCUCCAUACAUAGAUCCUCGCUACAAUCCCAACGGUGGUUUUAACCCCAGUAAAAUGAGCCAAGAAGCGCAAGAUCCAAGUCAUCCCGCACAUCCUCAAAACCCCAAGCAUCACGAAUGGGCAAAGAAGAUGGCUACGAAGUUUGGUAAUGCUGCGGUUUUUGGUGCAGGUGCCACGUUUGGUGGGGAUUUGAUUAAUGAUGUUAUGAGGAAGUUUUGA